AUGCCCUCAUUUUUGCAAUUCACCUUUCGCAAAAACGUUCUAUGCGUGUUUCUCGUUGGGUUUGCACCUCCAUUGAAUUUCCCUGUCAAUGACAAGAUUCAGCAUUUUUGCGUGUUCUUUGUUCUCACUCUUGUGUUUUACUGGAUUUUUGAUCUCAGUCGCCGGCGUGCGGCACAAUUGACGUUCAUUGUGUGUUUCCUUUUGGGCGCUCUUGGUUCGGAAUUCAUUCAAAGUUUCCUUUCGUAUCGUACAUUUGAUGUGUACGACAUAGCUGCUGAUUGGGUUGGCUCUUCUGUUGCGCUGAUGUUGGACUCGCUGUAUCACAAACGUCGUCUGGAGAAGCUUCGCACUCUCCGUUAUGGUCCCGUUCCCACUGAACAGGAUUUGGAAAUGCAAGUUGCUGCCGCUGCUGAACAAGAAGAAUCUGAAGAGACUACCGAACGCCCAACUGAUUAG